AUGAGCAACCGCCACCCCGACGAGCAGAGUUCUGGCCAAUGGACUAAUGCUCAAACCUCGAGGCCAUACGAAGAAUGGUCGCAAGCUUCCACAAGGCACGACAGACAGCUCUCGGGAUUGACUCAACACCCUGAUGCUGUGCAGAGCCAAUCCCACGACCCGGAUGAGGAUCCCAUGAAGCUUCAGAAAUGGUCGACGAGACCAGGUGAUCAUGUGGAACACAUCGGUGAACACGGAGAUGCGGGCGGUGCNCCCUUGAAUACCAACACAACAACGUCGUCGUCUCAAGGAUUGCAAUUUACCAGAUCAAAGUUGUUGGGCCUUCAUCCGCAUGCACCGAUUGCAGAAGAACAUGAUGCGACACCGUACUCCAGCUUGUGGUGGAGUAAAGUGAGAUUGGCAUUGCGAGAGCCCUUUGCAGAGUUCUUCGGCGUGAUGAUCCUCGUUCUGUUUGGCGAUGGUGCAGUAGCUCAAGUGCUCUUGGGAGCAAAUGACAAAACAGCUCCAGGUGGAAAUGGGUAUGGAGGUUACCAAUCCAUCUCAUGGGGAUGGGCAACGGUUCCUCCGAGCCCGACGGCAACAGCAGGAAUCUUUUGCACAUAUCCCAAGGCGUAUAUGACCAAGGCGAGCAUGUUUUUCUCCGAGUUCAUCGCCAGUGCAAUCCUGAUGUUCGUCAUCUUUGCUCUCAAAGACGACACGAACAAUGGAGUAUCUCAGGGAGGCGGUAAUUGGUUCCCUCUUGGGCUCUUCUUCCUGAUCUUUGGAAUUGGAGCAUGUUUCGGUGUUGAAACCGGUUAUGCUAUCAACCUUGCUCGUGAUUUUGGACCGCGUCUCAUGAGCUAUGCUCUUGGUUACGGGCAUGAAGUGUUCUCCGCAGGAGGUUACUAUUUUUGGAGUGAGUAG